UGCUGAAGUCCACUCUAACUUGUGGACUACAGGAGGAUAUUUCUCUGUUUCUGCGGAUCCGAGGAUCAAGAUUUAUUUUACUGUUUUUUUUCUUCUUCUAAACUGUGCGUCGCGAUCACAGGAUACUUUUACGCACAGUUACUCAACGCUCAAAAAGGACAAUGCCUCGAUCCUUCUUGGUCAAAAAGUACUUCGCUAAACAAAAGCCAAACUACAGUGAACUGGAAUGUCAGAAUGACACUUCACUGGAAAGAUAUUCUCUUGCUGAGCUCACAUCAGGGGUCAACACCUCCACUGCCACCUGCUUCACAACAGGCCUGGUGUGGGACUUAAGUGUCCUGCCCGCCCUCUACCUGUCCACCUCCCAAACAGAGCCCUCUGCCACUCCAGGCCCCCUGGACCUCAGCUCCCCAUCCAGCCUCAGUAGCAGUGCCAGCAGUAGUGGAGAGGAGGAUGAAGGGCGCACAUCAGACCCCCCUAGCCCGGAACCUGUACACACGUAUGCCCCUCGUCAACGGAUGAAAUGCACUGGUGUUAUGGCCCACGUCAGUCCCCCAGAGGAAGAGGAGGAGAGGGAGGCCCCGGUCACAGCAGCCAGGCCAGCCUUCCUCUGCAAACACUGCCCCAAAGAGUACACCAGCCUGGGGGCUCUGAAGAUGCACAUCCGCUCACACACCCUGCCCUGUGUGUGUACCACAUGUGGAAAGGCUUUCUCCAGGCCGUGGCUGCUGCGCGGCCACAUCCGCACACACACAGGUGAGCGCCCAUUCUCCUGCCCCCACUGCAACCGGGCCUUCGCUGACCGCUCCAACCUGCGAGCUCAUCUGCAGACCCAUGCCGAGGUUAAGAAGUACCAGUGUGGCGUCUGCUCUCGCACCUUCAGCCGCAUGUCAUUGCUGCAGAAACACAGCUCCUCAGGGUGCUGCUCGGCCACGGUGUGAGACGCCACAGUGAGAGAGACAGAGGGACCCACUCAGAGCUCAGGGCAGUGGAGGGCUAGUGGCCACGGAGGGAGGGUCUACAUAAGCCCAGCUGGCCUGUUGAUGACCUGUAAGGCUACACAGAGCAUGAAAUGGCCCACUUUAAGAGACCUGGAGAGUAUCAAGCCUCAUUAUGGAUCUGAAUUUAAUACUUUUAGCCUCUCUGCUCUGUGAAAAAAACAACAGAGGAGCAGAUUGUUUUUUCUUUUUUUUAUUCUUGAGGCUGUUGGACCAAAUCUGAACUGAGCAAUGCUGACACUCACUUGAUAUCAGCCCCUUUGUUGCUAUUGUGCCCAUUCCAAAGCCAAAUAUGUAGUGAACUCAUUGGGGUAAGAGGUGUUCUUUCCUUUCUCUGUCCUGGUGCCGGCCAGCUCAGGAUCAUGGCCUAGACACAGCUGCUGAGAGGUAGGGGUGCGUGGGUGGAAUAAAUCUCUCAGCGUGCCUCAAAACACACUCUCACACACACUCAUACACACACUCAUACACACACACAAAAGCAAAUGCACACACAGCUGUCCCUGGUACUGUGGUGUAGAUAGACGAGGUGCUAACAGGUGCUACAGCCAUGACCUUCGCUGGUUGAUAGCAGGUGACUUCCACUGCCCUUGGUUUGCUUAAGAAAAAAGAGGAAGUAUGUCAUCGCAAAAGAAUGGCAUCAGUUAGUGUUUUUUCACCAGUGGGGAUCAUUUUAAGCCUCUAUUUUGACUACAUCCAAACCUUCUCUUUAAUCUGAUGAGUUUCAGAGAUAGGGAAAGCCGUUCUGUCUGUUAUUUUCCAAAGAAACUUCACUUUGCAGCACCACUGCAAGAUGGAUAACAAUGCAAGCCAUGCACUCAAGGUUACCACAGUGUUAAUAUUACCAGCCAAAGCCAUAUUUUGUAAGUGAAAUUAAUUUGUGACUUGAAAUUGUACCAAAAAUGUGCCUUUUUUACCUCAGUAUGUAUUUGUGGCUUUUUUUUAAAUCUAUGAUUGCAGUAUUAGUAGAAAUUAGAACCAAAUAGUUUGAAAUGCAAGAAGGCUGGGACCAAAGAUUUAAACGUUUACACCAUGGAGACAUGGUUGCCUAAUAUGUGAUCAGAACCCUGUAAAUGGACAGUACAAAGACGAAUUUUUAACUUUCCUAAACAUUUUAUGGCAGUGUUUUAUAGUGCAAUGUGCAAAUGAUGUGUUAUUUCAAUUUUGUACCAUGCUUGUGUGUUCACUCCUAUUUCUUGUCUGUCAUAACUGAUAAAUUUUCAUUCAAUAAAGUAAUUUAU